AUGUAUACGCUGAUGUUGGCUCAGGCGCAAGAGUCGAUCUACUUGAAGGCGGCUAAAGAUCAUAAGCCGGGUUUGAGACUUAAAGUAGCCCAGGAAUGUUCGGACAUGUAUGCCGACGCCCUAAAGUCACUCAGCAGAGACUCAUUGAAAGGCCUUUGGGAACGGGAAUGGCUUCCAAUCGUGAGUGGCAAGCAGUACGCAUUUCAGGCACUGGCUCAGUACGACCAGUCACUGCUGCAUAAUGAAAAUAAGGAAAUUGGUCUGGAACUAGCACGACUGCAGGCAGCGACCAUCCAGAAGGCGUUGGACGCCGCAAAGAAAGACAAUGACUUCAUCUACCAUGAGCGCGUGCCGGACUUAAAGACUCUGCCAGCUCUCCCAAAAUUCGCUGUCGCUCAUGCGAUCGCGCCCUCAUCGCCGAUGAGCUCUCGUUUCAAGGACAUCUUCGCUAAGUUGGUGCCUGUCUCUGUCCAACAGGCUGUCGCAUGCUUCGAUACCAGACGCGCAGCCGUGGUCAGCGGUGAAGUGGCGAGGAUUCGGGAGAACACGUGUCUCAUGAAUGGUAUGCUUGCUUCACUGAAUUUGCCCGCGGCCAUAGAUGAUUUUUGUCGUCCCGAAGCGCUUCCUGAAUCAAUUCGCGAGAAAUCGAACUCGGUGAAGUCGUCAGGUGGAAUCGCUGCUUUAAGUGCUGGAAUCAACGAACUCCCAAAUUUGUUGAGGCGAAACCAAGAAAUUCUCAGCGAGACUGUUCGAUUGCUCACUGAAGAGAAGGCAUGUGACGACAACCUUCGACAGCAGUUUAAGGAUAAAUGGAGUCGCAUGGCGUCUGAGAAGCUUACCGAGCCUCUGUGGCAAGAAGUGAAAAAGUAUCAGCAAAUUUUGGAGACAGCCGCGAAUGCUGACGGUAUCCUGCGCAACAAGUUGGCGACUCACCGGCAAGGCAUCGGGUUGUUGAGCCAGUCUGAGGAGGAACUGACUGCCGCAGUUCCGGGACUGCAGAAGAACGCCGUUCAAAAGCAGUGUCCUUCUGUGGUCAAGUUGCAAGAGCUGAUGAAGCAAGUAAAUGAGUUGAAAGAUGAGCGCGAAACUUCGGUCUUUCUCAAAGCGUUGUCAGAAUUGGGAUCGAUUAAGGAGGACGAGAUCUCUGCCGAGAAACUGAACGACGCUUUCGCUCCGUUGAGAACGCGCAUAUCUGAUUCAAUAAAACGGCAGGAGAAAAUCAUGGGAGAAGUCCAGCAAGCGAAUAACCAGUUCGCGCAAGAGAAGGGUGUCGGAUCGGGCGUUAAUCGGGAAAACAUGCUGAAGGAGCUGGUCAGCGCAUUCGACGCAUUUUCAGAACUACAGGAGAACUUAAAGGAAGGCACGAAGUUUUAUAACGAUCUUACGCCACUUCUUCUACGACUUCAACAAAAGGUGUCCGACUUUUGCUUUGCACGAAAGACAGAGAAGGACGAUCUGAUGAAAGACUUGCAGCUGAACAUCGUAGGUCAAGCAACUUCUCAGCCACCAACGACUCCCAAAUACCAAGAGCAGAAAGAACCGCAGGAAAACGUGAAAACCCUCUCCUAUAUUCCGCCUCGGCCACCACCUCCACGUUUUGGCGCCACGGAGCAGCCAAAGAUUAUUUAUUACCAAGGCAGUGCCCCUCUGGCUCAGUUAGCAAAUGGUAAUUUUUCCGUCUGAUG